ACAGCAUGAAGCGCACUCUGCUGCCACGCGUCUACCCAUCACAUCCAGCAGCGACUGAAGCAUCGACAGUCGUGCGAAGUAUUCCAUUUUUGAAUACACUGUACAUUAAUUGAGUCAUGACAUCCAUUGGGACAGGAUACGAUCUCUCCGCAUCGACGUACUCACCCGACGGCCGGAUUUUCCAAGUCGAAUAUGCUGGCAAAGCUGUGGAGAACAGUGGCACCUGCAUUGGUAUCCGUUGUAAAGAUGGGGUAGUACUGGCGGUAGAGAAGCUUAUCCAGUCGAAGCUACUUGUGCCUGGGGCGAACAAACGCAUUCAAACAGCCGACACUCACAUAGGAAUUGCAACUGCGGGAUUUUUAGCGGAUGCACGACACCUUGUGAAUCGGGCGAGAGAAGAGGCGCAGAGUUAUCGAGACAUCUACAGAUCACCGAUUCCCGGAAAGAUGAUUGCGGACCGGUUGGGACAGUAUGUGCAAGCAUACACAUUAUACUCUAGUGUGCGACCUUUUGGUAUUAGUACCAUUGUUGCUACGGUGGACAAAGACGGCCCUGUGAUGUACAAUAUCGAACCUUCAGGAGUAUACUAUGGCUUUUAUGGGUGCGCAAUAGGAAAGGGUCGUCAGGUCGCGAAAACGGAAAUUGAAAAGCUGAAACUCACCGAGUUGAGCUGCCGCGAGGCAGUGAAGGAAGCCGCCCGAAUUAUCUACACUGUUCAUGACGACGUAAAAGACAAGGACUUUGAAUUGGAACUCAGCUGGGUUUGCGAGGAGUCAAAAGGGAGGCAUGAGUUUGUACCGAAAGAGAUUGCGGCUGAGGCAGAGAGGGCGGCAAAAGCUUCCUUGCAGGAUGAGGAUAUGGAUGAGGAUAUAUAGGUGAUGUAAAUGUUUGCUGGGGCCGUUAGCUGUGUAGAAAAUUUCAAUCCAAUCGGUUUGAGCAAUACUCGUGAAUGUCUGGAAGAGAAUGCAACCUUGAG